GUCACUUGGACGAUACUCCCGUUGUUAGGAAAGUCAUUGCGGAAGCCGAAAUAUGUGGUAUUAAUGUUGAGUUUCUCAUUGACUCCGGAGCCGUGAAAAAUUUGAUCGGAAUAGACACAUACCUAAGAAUACCGUUUAACAUGCGACCUCCGUUGAAAGACAAUAACACAUGCUUGGUCCAAGCGGAUGGACGGAGAUUGCGAGUGCUCGGAGUGGUAGAGUGUGACUUGUUGCUUGAUGGUAAACAGCUCCCAUUGGAGGCGGUUGUUGCAGAUGUCGAGCAUGAGGGCAUUCUCGGAGCGGAAUUUUUGUCGCAUCACCAAGCUAUGAUCAAUUUUGCUUCAAAUACGAUGUACUUCGGUAAAGAAUCUGUGUUGGCGGAAGUUACGGUUUUGACAUCCGCGUUGCAGUGUGACAGGGCAAAAUCCCUUGGUAUCACCGUUGCUCCAUUGAGCAUAGACAAAGAAAAAUCCGAAAUUGGAAUUGCCGAGAUGAGAUCUCCCGAGUUGUUCUCAUCUGACGAAGAUUUAUCAAUGGCGGAAACGAGUGAAAUACUCAUCACAGAUACCUCGAGUAAUGCAGAAAUAUCCUCGAUGACUGAGAAUGACAUAAUUGUACCCGAGACUCCCGAAUCCGAGUUCCCGGAUGAUACUGAUCCCGAGUUGAGUCAAUUCGAUGUUGAAGUUGAGAAUAGCGGUUGUUUUCUGACAGAGAACGUGCGUAUCGCCCCGGAAUCGGUAGUUCGUGUUCCAGUAAGGAUUCCAGACACUGGAGAUGUCAAAAAUUCUCCCGGAUUCGGAAUGAUAGAACCAGAUGAGAGUAAUUUGCAUGAUUAUGAAGGGCUAGAGAUAAGUCCAAUCUUGAUUGAUAGAAAUCGUGACUCGGUUUUGAUUGAAAUAUGGAAUAACUCCCCAUUUGAGGUUGAGUUAGGGGAAGAUACCCAGAUUGGGAAUUUUUGCU